CCGUCGCCAAUCUGGAUGUGACGCGCCAGAGUCGGUGCGCCCGACGGCGCUGCGUUCACUCGCACAUUGAGCCGGCGGCGUUAACCAUGCCCCUCGGCUGCUUCACUGCGCUGCUGCUGCUGCUGCUGCUGCUGGUCGGGUACCGGACGUCGAGCAACGCAGAGGCAGCGUCUCAUUUCAUCAAUAGCGUCGCAGGCCCCUACCGAAUCAUCCCCGACCACAUCGAACGCUGUCCGGUCAGAACUGGCGGCUUCGGUCCUCUUUACAAGGACAUCUUCUGGCGCGGGUAUCAUGACCGCAACAAUCGGGACCUUUGGUACUACUGGGUCAACUUCACGACCCUGUUAACUUUCGACGACUCGUAUAAUGUCGACUUGAACUGGGCCUCGUGGAGUUCUCGCGGCGGAUGGAAAGAGAACGCAUAUGUGAUGAGGCUGGGUUCCUUCUGCAAAGUUAUUUUCACCCAUGACCCUGAUUUGUGGCGUAGAUUAAUGAUUGCCACAUUUGACGACCCGAAUAGAAACUGCCCCUUCCCACCAGGAUACUACGAAACCAAAAACAUUUCAUCUGAAUUUUCUCUAAAAAAGAUACCUGUAUUAUUCUACGGCACGUGGAGAAUCACCUUACAUCUGUUUAAGGAGUCCGUGGAGAACGUAGUAGCGUGCUUUAUGCUUUUCGGAAAAACCGUCCCCAAAUCGUAGCAGAACGGAUUCGUGUCAGGCAUUAGCAUCCCAAUUUUCCAAACUACUUGGCCAGGCUCGCCUAAACUUUAUUGGUUGCAGCACGUCCAACACAGAGGUCACACGCGAAGAGAAAAUAGCUCUGAGAUCUCGCGUGUAUACAACGGAUUACCCCGGAUUACGGCCAGAUUCCCCAGGAUUACCGUCGGAUUAAUCCUGAAUUUCCAUGGAUAACUCGUGGAUUGCGCCAGGGAUAAUUCAACACACUGACUGGAUUCGUCUCUUUAGCACAAAUUUACGCAAUCGAUUUUUUUUUUCGUUGAAUUGAACAUUUUUGUGCGAUACGACUUAGACACUUUUGCGCACAAAUUUGCACGACACGAAACGUUUAAGUAAGCACGAAAGUUUGCACAAAAACAAAAGAAAUACAUUUAGCAUGAAUGAUUGCCUUUGGAUUAUCCCGGGUGGACAAAAAAAAAGUUACCCGAUCGUUCGUCUUGUUCGUAGAUAAAACCGCGCACGAGCUGUUGGGUGGUUAAAUACUUCCGAUUGUUCAAAACGGGAGUUACGGCGUUACGCGGCAGUGUUGCAGGUUUGCCUUCUCUUUACACCCGUAAAGGGCCAUGGCCCCUGCAGCCAUAUUGGGUAUGCAAUCCCGCAACACUGCUGCGUAUUGACAGUUACAACCGGUACACUCGAAAUUGUUCAAUGCGGUCGGUGUGCACAGUGUGCACUUGUAAGUAAGUGUGCAACUCUUCUGUUGAACACUUCCAACACAGUAUGAGCGUUUAAC